AUGGGGACAUCCAUGGGUCCAUCCUCUGCCGACCCCAACUCUGGUGCCAAUGAGCAUCAUGUCCUGCUCCCCGGUGCCUGCAAGGUCGUAUGCUCCUUACCAGCAAUGAGCGGUGUCGACACAUGCAGCACAAAUUAUUUUGGUAUCAUGGCAUCUCAUCCAACGGUCAAAGCUGGCCCCGUCCAGCCAGCAACCAUGUCCCUUGUUCCUGAUGAAUCGAACGCUCCGUCGCAUCAACAACUCUCCUCUGUGCCCGAUCGGUUUGCUCCCACAGUCGCUGUUUACAACCGGGAUACUUCCACCGUGAGAGGCAGAGGCGCCGACCCCCCCCCGCUAGCUUCGUCCACACUUCAGUUUCAGCACCCCCGUCGCGGCCAGUCUCAUUCCAGAAGUCCGGAUACAUCUACUACUCGGCCCGCAGCGCAUGAUGUGGGUUUGGAGAGACGCCCCUCAAACUCAUACGGCCAUCACCGACAAACCUCUAUCGUACAUGGCAUUCAACACUCUCGGAACCCGAGCUUCGCAGCCUCUUCUACAACAUCGACUCCUCUAAGCCCGGAACUGAUUGCAUCCGUUGGCCGCGCCGCUAGUUUUGAAUCGGAUACUGUUGUUGGCGUUGGGAGACUGGGGCUGUCGGAUGGCCACCAGAAUUACCACCAGAACCCUGCAACUGCCGGGACGGGUCACGCUAUGCACGGGACACUCAGGACCAUUGAAGACCAGGACAUUGACGAAGCUCCCACUGGAGUUUCUAAGAAUCCUCUGCACAGACGAAUAAAUUCCAGCGGGAAGCCGCGGAGGGAGCACUCCCACAGUCGCUCGCACUCGAAGCAUCACCACGCAGAUACAAAGUCCGUGGGUGAAUAUGCCCUGCAUCAUCUUUUCAAUGCAGUUGCCAAGUUCGUCGGUCAGGCCGACACCAAAAUGGACCAGGCUAUCCUAAAGCUCGGAGAGUCCGAGACUCCGGUGGAAGAGGUGUGCGGUCCUGGAGCAGAUCCAAAAUUUGACCAGCUGAUAUCGGCUCUCGGACAUAUUGCACGGCAGAAACCGAAGCCCUUAAUCGACACUAUUAUGCUAUGGCGAAAGGAAAAGGGUGACGCGGCCAUCCUGGCCAGGCAGACUGUGAAUCAGGCGAAGCCUCCCAACACAGCCAACGGCGGGAUUACUGCCAAUUCAGAAUCGGGACAGGCUCCUAGCACACUGCUUUCUAAACAUGGAGGUGCCGUUCUGGCGGAGAGACGCGCAACUGUCUCCGUCUAUCUCGUUUGCAGGAUUCUUAUAGAAAUCUUCAACCAGAGCAACCUGGCCUCUAUAACCCCCGACCUGGCGGAGCGUUUGGAAGACAUUGUGUUCAGUCAAAUAAGGACCGUGGAUCCGGAUCAGAUCGCAGCGUCCCCACUGAGAAUGGCCAAUUGGAGAAUCUACAGCCAGCUUCUGGGUAUUAUGAGCGCCAUAAGCUUUACGAGCGUUACCAGCCGUUUCAUCGCGGAGCUUAGUCAAUAUCAAAAGGAUGAAACAAAUCGCGGUCUAUUCAAAGAUACCGAAUCGAAAGCGGAGUUGCUUAUCUUGGGCAUGAGGCAUAUUUCCAUCGGGACAUCUCCUGAAGCGUGGACUAAUUCCUGUGAUUUCAUGCGCUCCUUAGCCCGGUUGUUUGCCAAUGCUCAUGGCCAACAGGUCAAACAGGCGUACUGUUACAUCUUUGAGAAGUUACUCCUCCCAGUUGCCGCCAACACGAAUUGUGACCUGUCUACUCCUAAGUGGAAGGAGUUCCUGGAUUUAGUGCAGCCUCGGCUGGCACAGAUGCUGACCAAACCCCGUCACUGGAUCGCGGGCUUUCCGCUACAUGUUUUGCUCUUAUGCGUAUCCUCAAAGGAGACCUUCAUAUCCCAAUGGCUUUCGGUCAUUUAUAGUCUCCCGGCCAAAUUGAGGGACCGCCCCACCCGAGGACCUGCACUUCAGGCCAUAUGCCGGCUAGUAUGGACGUACUUUUUCCGUUACUCAGAACCCCCUACGGUUGCUCUUCGAAAGAUUGAAGAGGUGAUUAAGAUCGCAGUCCCUCCUGGGAAGAAGACUUACCUGAGUACGGAGCCCGCUGUGUCAGAGCCCUUGAUCCAGUUGAUACGAAUGAUCGCGUUCAAGCAUCCCGCCACAUGUUUCCGUAGUAUCAUUUUUCCCCUGGUGAACUCGGAUCUCUUUCUCUCUGGGAAGGAUCUGAAGAUUGAACAAAUGGAACCGGAGAAGAUGGUCGUUGGCAUUCGUGCCUUUCUAGCCAUCAUGACAGAUCUCGAAACCACUGACCAGCUGUGUCCUCCUUUCCCUACCGGGGCUCUUCCCAACCCGUUCGCGGUGACGCCAACUACCGCCCACCUCCAUCGUCCUCAGCUGCUCUCGGAGCCCCGUGUAUCUAGCACUUCAGAUAUCCGCAUCAAUUCGCAGUCGCGACCUGUCAACACUUCGAAGUUGGAUGACAUCGCUCGAGGGUUCUAUGUCCGCUUCUGUGAGAUUCUGGGCAAGAUAACGCUGCUCUGCGAUAACGCCUUCGGCGGUCAGGCAGCUCUGGAUGAGAAGUUUAGCGGAUCAACACCCAAAACCCCCAUCUCUGAAGCAUUUAGCUUCGGCAGGCGCGACGAGCAUCCAAAUGCGCUGGAUCAAAAACAAGGUUUCUAUGAUCUCCUUCACGUUGCAGUGCAGGCUCUCCCACGGUGCCUGUCAGACCACAUCCCUUUUAAUUCCUUGAUCAAUCUCCUCUGUACUGGGACAGCUCACCUUCAAUCAAAUAUAGCCAUCUCCUCUGCAGAGUCUCUAAAGGCUAUCGCACGGCAAUUACAUGCGCAGCAGGUCACCAUCGGCUUUGCGAGGUUCAUAUUUAACUUUGACGUACGAUAUUCAACCAUGUCCGACGAAGGUAUGCUCGGGCCUGGUCACAUCGAGUCCACCCUGAGACUAUAUGUCGAGUUGCUGCGCAUCUGGAUAGACGAAAUAAGGCAGAAAAUGAAAGAUGCAGCCGCAGAAUCGGGCGAUAAGGCGGGCCCUAGCAAUCGAGCCCUACAACUUGACCUUUCCAGCGUCCUUGCUCACGUAGAAGAGAUUGAGUCCCAUGGCCUGUUUUUCCUAUGCUCACAAUCCAGAAGGGUUCGUGCUUUCGCCAUCACAGUCCUCCGCCUCAUCACCGAAUUUGACAGUGCUCUUGGCAAAGACAACACGAGAAUUAUCCGGAUUCUAGAGGGUGAUUCCCAGCAUAUCCUCGACGUGGACGACGGGCAACUCACUGUAGCAGAAAGGAGCCGGAUUCAAAAAGGCAAGCGGAAGAGCGCAGCGCAGAAUACACUUAUAGAAAUCUGCAGCAGCGAGGUUUCCUACGAUUCGACUUUGUGGUCCAAAGUCUUCCCAAAUAUCAUUCGAAUCAGCUUUGAGACCUGCCCCUUUGCAGUAACUUUGGGGAGGGAGAUUGUCUGCACGCGGCUUGUCCAAAUGCACAAAACUAUUACUGCGCUUGCCGAAAGCCCCCCACCCGACCAGUAUCAUCCCAUUGAUGGCACUCAGGCCCGUAUUGCUGGAAGGAGCAAUAUGACGGCAGAGAUUCUGAUUGAACAAUGGAAACUCUAUCUUAUUAUGGCAUGUACCACCGUAACUACCGUUGGCGCACAGUCGCAAAGCCAACUUGCAAAUGCUCAACAUGCACGGAAAGUUUCCAGGGGCGCCCAACAAUCGCAGAACAAGAUCAGCUCUGCGAGAAGCCUCUUUGCCUUCGUCAUCCCACUGUUAUCAGCUGAGCGAGAUUCCAUCCGAAAUGCCAUCGUCAUUGCCCUAGGAUCCAUCAACAAGAAUCUCUAUCGCACCUUGCUCGAAUCCCUGCAGUAUGCGGUUACGACAUGCAACGAGGAGGCCAAGGUCCGAAUGGGUACACAUUCCCGAACCCCAAGCAGCCCACGACGAAAUCGAAAAACGGACAGGUUGCGGACUGAAGUUACACACGUGUAUAAAUUAACCUCGCACUUCCUGCAUGAAGCAGACGUUUACAAUGAUGACUGGAUCGUCAAUAAUCUUGUCACCUACACCAGGGAUCUACGGAUUUUCUUGAGCGAUGCCCAAGUUCAGAAUGACUGGGAGUUUCAACGGUUGCGUUUCCAUUAUUGCGGACUGAUGGAAGAACUCUUUGAGGGCAUAAAUCGCACCAAGGAUCCUUCUCGUUGGAUGCCAUUUGAAUCCCGAAAAUCGGCCUUUUCACUCAUGGAGGAUUGGUGUGGGUACUCACCCAACCAAGAGCAGAUUGCUCAACGGGAGGACAAGAUGAGAAAAUUCGCUAUCGCGCAUGCCCAUGAGACCGGGCAUGUAAGAAUUACCGCUGCUGCUACAGAAAUCGAAAAGAAAAAUCUUCGAGCGGCUGCUUUGAGUGCGAUGGCUUCUCUUUGCGCGGGACCUAUUAGUAUCACAACUGAAGGUGGUUCCGUACUACAGUUCGACAUUGGACGAAUGCUGUCGUGGAUUGAUACUAUUUUCAGCACCGUCAGUGAUAAGUGGCAUGCCAUUGGCAGACGAGCCCUGAGGAACCUCAUCAUUCAUAACAAGGAACACCCAUACUUACUGGAGCACUCCAUUGAGGUCUGCUAUGUUAUGGAAAGACCGAAGGCUUUGGAGAGUUACUUUGAAGUGGUAACUCAAGUGCUUGUAGAGCAUACUGACUAUCCGCUUGCCUUUUGGCGGAUCUUGGGAGCCGUCCUAGUCACUCUGGGUAACCAGAAACGCGAGAUACGCAUGAAAUCCGCCAGACUUCUCCGGAUCCUGGAAGAGCGUCAGCAGAAGAGUUCCAGACUCCAAGAUUUCGAUAUCAGUAUAUCUGAUAAAACGACGGCCGUUUACAAACUAGCACAGUUUGAGACUUCGAAGCGAUUGGCAAAACAACAUUCCGAUUUUGCUUUUACUAUCUUCUCCGAGUUUGCCUUGCAUUUCAAAAGCCUUGGCCCUGAUAGCCAACGGAACAUGGUUGCGGCCAUUUUGCCUUGGGUCCAGACGAUGGAAUUGCAGGUGGAUCCUAAUGGCGGACCUACUGCCAAGUCGUAUAUGCUUCUAGCAAACCUUUUGGAGAUCACAAUACAAUGCAGUACCAUUCUCUCGAAUGAAGUUCAGGCCCUUUGGCAGGCUCUGGCUACAGGCCCGCAUGGGGGUAAUGUGCAGCUGGUUCUCGAUUUCAUAAUCAGUCUAUGCCUCGAGCGCAAAGACCAAAAUUUCGUUGAACAUGCCAAGCAAAUUGUUGUGUUCCUUUCUGGGACACCAGCGGGAUCCAAGGUUAUUGAAUUCCUCUUGAUGCAAGUUGUUCCUAAGCACAUGGUACAAGAAAAGAAAGACAUUACCCCACCCCCUCCCGAUGUGAAAAGCCUUCCGUACGUGGCUGAUCUGAGUACUGUGCUACUGGUUGGUAAUAAACAGGCCGGCCUAUCUCUCGGACAGCUCGCCCUCAUUUUUCUCGUAGAUCUCAUGGUGGCUCCCGUGACACCUUCUGUGAAUGACGUUGUCAAGCUACUCCAUGUCGUUCUCAGUCUCUGGGACCAUUACGUGCUUCCCGUACAGGAACAGGCCCGGGAAAUGCUUGUUCAUCUUAUCCACGAACUGGUGGCCGCCCGGAUCGACGACGAUGCACCGGGUGGAACCCGUCAAGCCAUUGAGGAUUUUGUCGAAUCCAUUCGUAAGAGUGAUUCGAGAGUGGUCUGGUCCUAUGAGGACAGCAAUGGCAAGGAGGAGGCUGAUGGGGACAGGCGAGUACCCUUAUCCAUGUCCACGGUGACCCUCGAUGUUAUCAAGUUCUUCGACCUUGCCUAUGAAGGUAUAAACGGCCUUUGGGCAAAAGAGGCUCUGAACUGGGCAACUUCUUGCCCGGUACGACACAUUGCAUGCCGCUCAUUCCAGAUAUUCCGCUGUAUCUCGACAUGCUUGGACUCGAGAAUGCUCGCAGACAUGCUUGCUCGGCUGUCCAACACAAUUGCCGACGAGGAGACUGAUUAUCAAACUUUCUCUUUGGAAAUCCUUACCACAUUAAAAAUAAUUAUUGGCUCUCUGGCUCCUGCAGACCUGUUGCGCUACCCUCAGCUCUUCUGGACAACUUGCGCCUGUUUGAACACUAUCCAUGAGACCGAAUUCAUCGAGAGUAUUGGCAUGUUAGAGAAGUUUCUGGAUAUUGUUGAUUUGAGUGAUCCCAUGGUAGCUUCGCAGCUCCUUGAAGGCAAACCACCCAAGUGGGAGGGGAGUUUUGAUGGCGUACAAAACUUAAUUUACAAGGGGUUGAAAAGCUCCCAGUCACUGGGGCGAACGCUACAUGUCCUACACCGUCUCACUACACUGCCAAAUAAUAAGCUUAUCGGGGAUGGUAAUCGCAUGCUGUUUGCCGUCCUGGCAAACCUGCCCCAUUUCUUACAUUUCUUCGAUGAGAGUUUUGACGAUCGUCAUUCUGUCGCCCGGGCUACUUUGCUUGCUCGUGUGGCGGACGCACAGAGGUGCCCAUGUCUUGCCGCUUCUUUGCUCGGUUUCGCAAAUGGACAGUAUAAGUCGGAAGAUGAUUUCUUGGGUCACAUCAUUACAGAGAUACAAUCCUACUUCUUUCCUCAUCAAGAUGUGCAGAGCCUUAUCUUCCUGAUGGGCCUACUGACUAACACGAUCGAUUGGUUCCGUAUCAAGAUCAUGAAGAUCCUCUGCGUCUUGAUCCCAUUGAUGGACAUGAAGCGAAGUGAAGUUACCUGUCAUGGACCAGACCUUAUAUCUCCUCUGCUAAGACUUUUACAAACGGAUCUUUGCCCACAUGCUUUGGAAGUCAUGGACCAUAUUAUGAUCGUGUCUGGUAAUCCCAUGGAGCGUCACCACAUCCGAAUGAGCAUGGCGUCGUCGUCGGCAUCGCGAGCCAUACGUAAGGAAUACGAACGUAUUCAAAGCCUUUACGGGAUACCAGAGCCUACUGGAUGGUCGGUACCGAUGCCCGCUGCACAGUCUUCUGUCACGCGGGCCAAUGUCCACGCUGUCUUCUAUAUGUGUGCUGAGGUUGAUGGCAGGGAAGCACAGGAGACAGCGAAUCCGGACGUUGAAUUCCAUGCAGACGAGUAUAAUGACGUCUUCUCCCCCGUACGGGCUGAUACCAUGAAAUCUGUGGACACACAAACAGACGGCAAUAUCGGUGACAUCUUGCAGAAGUUGGACAGCUUAGACGACUUCUUUGAAGAAACUGACAAGUUGGAUCCCAUGCUUCAUCCGGUCCCCGGUUCCACGUCGCAGGGCUUUACUGGUAACUAUGCUGACACCAACGCGAAUCUUUAUGACCAACAAACGGCACCGAUCCUACGGAAAUCGCUGGCUCGGGCCGCCUCUACAUCCUCUUUCCACAACGGACUCGCAGAAUCACGCCCUGCGAAUAUUCGUCUUGACAACGCCGGCGGAGCUUCGCCUCCAGCUACGUCUACUGGGCAACCAGUUUCGGGUCAGACAUUGCGACCUUCUCUACAUGUUCGUUCUGUCACUUCCCCUGCCAACAACUUAUUUGCAGCAACACCGUCCAAUCCGUCACACCCGAUCCCGUCCACUGGCUUUAACGAAUCCGCAUUCCUAUCAGAUGAUGAGGUAGAGGAUGGGUCUUCCGAUUUCGAAGCACGCGGUCCUGCACAUAAACCUCCCUUGACCCGCUCCACCGGUAAACUGCGAAACGCCACGGAGGGCUCUUCAUCUCUGGAAUCUAUGAUCAGGAGCGGCAUGAGACGGCUGACGGGCGGUUUGGCGAAUAGCCGUGACAAAGAGCGGCAGCGUGAGGCCCUACGAAGCCAACAGCGAGCCCUUCAAGGGAUCACAUCGCCACGGAUGCCAAAGGUGCCGCCGGAAUACCUCCAGGGGCCGAUGAGCAAUCCGACAUCGCCAGGGAGAUAG